UCACCAAUGAACAGUUCAACCUGUUUCACUCCAUUGACCGAAACUGUACUCACGGUUGAUUCUCAAACUUGGCCGGGACCAGGCGGAAUCGAUGCAAGUCAUGGCAUUCUGGUUGUGGCUCGAAAGAUCAGGCCGUGGCUCUCCUGUUGUGAAUAA